AUGGUUGUGGUCUUGGGAGUGUUUGAGGUUUAUGUAGCAACUCUCUCACUCCUCAAGGUGAUUGCUUUGAUCUGCUCUGGGGAGGAUGUUGAGGGAACUUCAGUGUCUCCUGGCAGUUAUCCAAGCACUCUGGUGUUAAGGCUAGCAGCUAUUUACCCCAAGUGGGACUCAAAGUUUCGAACAAACUGCAUCAUUUCUGGUAACACACUCCUUCACAUAAUUUUCCAAUGCAAGGAGUUUCGUGUUUGUUCCCAUGAAAACGAAGAGAUAAGAGAAAUAGAAGAAAAACUGAUGAAUGUUGAAGAGAAGAAUAAGAAUAUGGAAGAAGAGCUAAAAGAAGCUCAACAGAGGUGUGGGGCCUUGGAACGAGAAAAUGAGAGGAAGAAUCAAACUCUCGAGAGAGCUAAUAAAAAGGUCAAAAUCGAGGAAGACUAUAUGCUAAAAACUAAAAGCCAGACGGAUAGUCGUCUUCAUCCUUCACUCACCGUUGUGAAUCGCUCAAGUCAAGGACGUGGGGAUAAAGGAAAGAGCAAGAUGUCAUCUAAUGAACUUAAUUCAACACCAACUGAAGAUGUGUCGUCCCAAAAUUCCUCCAAACCAAAUUGUAGGGGAAAGCAAGAUCCAAGUUGGGGUCAUUGUAGACAGGUUAUGGAGAAUGGAAAAACUUUUUUAGUAUGCCAGUAUUGUAACAAGACUCUUAAAGGAGGUGGUUUUAAAGCUCCAUCAAUGUAUAUGUUGCGUGGUCCAUUGCUAGAUAGUUGGGUUGAUGAUGUUCAUAGUCUUGUUGAGAACUACCGUAAUGUUUGGCGGCAAACUGGAUGCACCAUUAUGGCUGAUGGUUGGACUGAUCGGACUAGGCGAACUCUUAUCAACUUUCUUGUUUAUUGUCCUAAAGGAACUGUUUUCUUGAAGUCUGUGGAUGCCUCUCAUGCUUCCAAAACUGCUGAUUUGUUAUUUAAUCUGUUCAAAGAAAUUGUUCUAUUUGUUGGGCCUGAAAAUGUUGUUCAAUUUGUGACUGAUAAUGCUUCUAAUUAUGUUGCUGCUGGAAGGUUAUUGGAGGCUGAGUUUCCCACAAUAUUUUGGUCUCCCUGUGCUGCUCAUUGUAUUAAUCUGAUGUUGCAAGAUAUUGGCAAGUUAGAGGAAGUGGGUGCAACCGUGGCACAUGCUUCAUCAAUUACCAAGUACGUAUAUAACCAUUGUCAUCCUUUACACUUGAUGAGAAAAUUCACAGGUGGUAGAGAAAUUCUUCGUCCAGCUCCAACUCGCUUUGCUACUAAUUUUAUUGCUUUGCAAAGCAUAUUAGCUCAAAAAGAUCCAUUAAGAGCAAUGGUAACUUCAAGAGAGUGGACAAGUUCAGCAUAUUCUAAGGAUUUGAAGGCUAGAAAAUUUGUGGAUUUAGUCUUAGAUUCUAGGUUUUGGAAAGAAUGUGCUGACAUUGUGAAAGUUACUGAACCACUUAUACGCUUGUUGCGUCUUGUUGAUAGUGAAGACAAGCCUUCUAUGGGUUAUCUUUAUCAAGCCUUUUUUAAAGCAAGAGAAGAGAUGGUUAGACGGUUUCAAAGAAAGAAAAAGAAGGCGGAGCCGUACUUGAACAUCCUGGAUAGUCGGUGGGAUACUCAGCUUCGUAAAAAGUUGCAUGCUGCGGGAUAUUGGUUAAAUCCAGCAUGUCAUUUCAAUGUUGAAGAAUUCAAUAAACAUGCAUUGACAACUUCUGGUCUUUUAGAUGUUAUAGAGAGGUAUGCUCAUAAGGAUGAGGAAUUAUUGUCCAAGUUAACAUCUGAGCUGAGAAAUUUCAAUGAAUCUGAUGGUGAUUUUGGAAGGAACAUAGCUAUUCGGGAACGAACUAAAGUUAUGCCUGAUAAAUGGUGGGAACUUUAUGGUUUUGGUGCACCAAACUUGAGAAAAUUGGCUAUUCGUAUCUUAAGCCAAACUUGUAGUGCUUCCGGUUGUGAGCGAAAUUGGAGUGCAUUUGAGCAGAUCCAUUCAAAUAGGAGAAAUCGGUUAGAGCAUAAAAGGUUGAAUGAUCUUGUAUAUGUUCGAUACAACCUAAGACUACAACAAAGGAAUCAAUUGAAGCACCAAAAUUAUGACCCAAUUAAUUUGGAAACAAUGGAUGAUCAUUCUACUAGUUGGGUUUUUGAGGAGUCACCACCAUUAUUAACCGAUGAAGAGGCAAGAUAUUUGAGGAAUAAUACCAUUGAACCAAUUGUAGAUGGUAUUGAUGAAUUGAAUUUAGAUGAGGAUGAUGUAGAUGAUGAACCUCAUAUGACUAUUGUACCCCAAAAUGAAAGCAAUGUUCUUCAAGGUUUGGAUGGCAAUGGUGGAGAAAGACAAGGAGAGCCUGAAUUUGAUGAUAUUACUUUUAAUUAA